GGCAACGUGAAUUUCUGAAAAUUUUCAAUGAUAAACUUUUGAUAAAAAAAAGUUGAAAGUUCGUAAAAUCGUAUUUUGAAUUGAAUUUUCUUCUGCAAAGUAAUGAAGAAAAUAUGUGUUGUACUCGAUAAUUAAUACGUUCGAAUAAGAAUUGAAAUGUUCGUGAAUAAAUCCAUGGCAGGAAAAACUAUUCCGAAGACGGCGACUACUCAAAAGUUCAAAACCAAGUACAAGAAACUGAAAAAGUACAUGUUAUUUAUGGUAUAUGAAAAUGCCGCUCUAUGUGAUCAAAUUACUUACUUACAAGAAAAAAUCCUCUACACUAAAGAAGAGAACAACUUUCUGGCUAGAAAAUUGAAACACUUGGAAUUUCUCAAGAAUGCUUCCGGCUGUGAAAUAAGCACCGUAGAUAAUCUAGCAAAAAAGAUAAUUACCAAAAGAAAAAUUCAAAUUAGUCCUAGUCAAAUUAUUGAUACAGAUGUACCGAUACCGAAGCAAGUGUUGAAAGUGAAGAAACCGGUAAAAAAUGUGAAAAAGAAACAAACAUUGACUGUGUCCGAAGAUGCCUGUGGUCAAUUAUCAUUUCCUAUCACUUUGAACGAUUUGACGGUUCAUUCUUUAGGAGAAAUCGUAACCGAUCGUUCUACUUAUCACACAGAAGAUAUCAUUUAUCCAGCCGGUUAUGUUGCGACGAAAGUUUACGGAAGUGUUCACAAUCCUAGAAUGAAAUGUUCAUACACUUGUAAGAUUAUCGACGGAGGCUUAUACCCAAAAUUUGAAAUACUAUCCGAAGACGGUCUCGUAUUUACCGGUACUACUCCGGAUGAAUGUCACAAAAAACUGUUGUCGUUAAUCAAUAAUAAUUAUUCAGCGAAAGUAGUCAACGAUACGAUAAAUCGAGGAGCUGAUUUCUUCGGUUUAGCUAAUCCUAGCGUACAUUACCUUAUUCUUUCGUUGCCUGGUAUUCCUAAAUGUAUUAAAUAUAGCUUCAAGAAAUUCAAUGAAAGAAUCAAUCUUCAAGACGAUGUAUUGAUGAAAGAUGACGUAGAAGCUUGUAUCAAUUAUAGUGCUUUGGUUAAAGUUUUACCAGAAUCGUUUAAUCGUGAUCCCUUUGGAAGCUCGUGGCUUCCUGGAUGAGAAGAGAUCGAAGAUUUUUCAUGAAAAUGGACGUGAUAAUUUGUUCGGUGUUUGUUUCAAAGUAGAGAUGUAUAAUAUUCAGACUUGAUCAUAUGAUCACGAUGUAAAAUUACAUCAAUACGUUUGCAUUUUACGUCAUCAAAUUUAGACAAUAGAUGUGCUUGAUUUGAAUACUUUAUUGAAUAUUUUUACAGUUUUGUAAUAUUGACUUUUUCACCAUUAGAUAAUUUUUUUUUUAUAAA